UGCUCUUGCAGAAGGGACACAGGGAGCGACUCGGUGGCCGUGCUGGAAGCCACUGUCCUAGGCUCGAGGACCCUGCCCACCAGUCUGGGUGGGGCCGGGCACCUUCCUCCCCCCGAGCAGUAGGGUCCUCGCCGGGUGGCCCGCGCCACAGCCCCCAGGAUGCCCAGCAGAACUGUCCGCUACGUCCGCUACAGCCCGCGGCAGCGGCGGCGGCGGAUGCUGGCCCAGCGCAGUGUGCGCUUCCCCAACGACGUGCUCUUCCUGGACCACAUCCGCCAGGGCGACCUGGAGCAGGUGGGGCGCUUCCUCCGGGCCCGGAAAGUGGCCCUGGACACCAUCCACCCCUCGGGCCUGGCAGCCCUGCAUGAAGCCGUCCUGUCUGGAAACCUGGAGUGUGUGAAGCUGCUGGUCAAACACGGGGCCGACAUCCACCAGCGCGACGAGACGGGCUGGACACCCCUGCACAUCGCCUGCAGCGAUGGGCACCCCGACAUCGCCAGGUACCUCAUCUCCCUGGGCGCAGACAGAGAGGCAGUUAACGACGACGGCGACCUGCCCUCCGACCUCAUUGACCCGGACUUCAAGGACCUGGUGGAGCUCUUCAAGGGGACCAGGAUGGACUGAGCCCAGCCCUGUCCGCCCACGGCUCGCACCCUGCCCCACCGCGGGGCCGCGGCGGCCAGGACCCCGCUCGCUGGACACAACCCCCGUCCCCACCUCUGGUCUGGCUUUUUCUCCAGGCGAAUUUUUUAUUGUUGCACUUUUUACUUUUUCAAUAAACACGAUGCCU